ACGCGGCCACGUGUCCGGGCGAAGAGGAUAGCGCGUCACGCGACGGUGUAUAAUUGUGCAAUAUCGUAUCACUGGCGUCUGGUACAAUUUAUAUAUUAUAACACUAAGCACUAGGUAUCUAGAAAUACUAGAUUAUUUUUACCCCGAAAUAACUAUCAAUUGUUUUAGCCUACCGGUCCAAUUUUAAGCAGCCCAACGAUAUUUUUUCGGUAGCUCGCCUGAUCAAGCCGGGCCCUAGGUACAAGACAGGAAAAGAUUAAUUCGAUAGAAUCGAUAAAAUCGAACAAAAGCGAAAAAAAACGUUGCAGUAGCUGGUCUUUUCUACAAACAAACACACAAACAAUGUAUACGUGCAACGACACUCGUAAUGUGGCCUCGAUUGCAACAGCUGUGGAUUUAAAAUUUAAACCGACACGCACAAGUGCACUACAUUCGUUCGGAUUUGUUCGUAGAUCACGUGGCGCCCAUCAGUCGGCAUAAACAAAAUAAAUAAUAAUUACAUAACAAAGCGCUCAACUGAUCUCCGUCGUAUUUUCUGUUUGUUUUAACGCGACAAUCGUGUGACAACUUACAGCAACGCCAAACACGAACACGGGACGAAUGUUCACAAAACGGCAGUGUCCAAGUUGCAACUCGCAACGUUACACCGCAGCGGUGGCGGUUUACGAUUGUUUUUUUUUUACGCCGAGUUAUCGAAUCGAUAGUCACGCACAGCUAUCGCGUACCGUGAGCAACAUUAAUAUCGUGCGCGCUAAAAAGGCCGUCGCCGAUAGAGCCGCUUGAGCGACGAUCGGGUUAGCCAGACGCGUUUAGGUAGUGCCCCAAUGUCGUCGUUCGUGGCCACGUGUGCUAUUCCUAUAAUAUCGGUGUUUUGAAUCGUUUGAAAAGGUUGAGUCUUUACCGUAUUAUUGAAUGCGUUCAAAUCCAUAUGAUAGUUCGCUGUUGGCAACUCGUGUAUUUGGUUAAGUGUGCAAUACGAUUAAAAGUUUGAACAAUUUUUUUUACCAACUCCCGAAAGUUUAACUUUUUGAACUUAAUCCGUUCGAUAAAACAUAAUCGGUUCACCAGUAGAGCGCAAACGGCCAAACGGUCAGUGCUUUUCAAAAUAAUAUUCUCUCCAUCGGCGUGUGCGUGCAUCUUCUCCAUAUACACGCACAUUUACGUGUCGUAGUAUAUAUAUCGAAUACGACAAAGCAAUAUCGCCGUCACACGUCUGCACGUGAAGUCGGCGCGAUGAGACCGACAGCCGCCUCCGCCGCCGCGUGUUUGGCUGCCGUAGUCGUGGUCGCGUUCGCGUUCGCCGUGGACGCAGCCGACCUGGACCUGGUGCUGCUGCACGCCAAUGACAUGCACAGCCGAUUCGACGAAACGGAUCUGCACUGCAACGAGUGCCGCGAAGACGACGCUUCGCUGGGCCACUGUUACGGCGGCUUCGCCCGGGUCGCCCAGUUCGUGCGCAACGAACGGCGGUUGGCCAACGAGAGCGGCUGGCCAUCGCUGUUCCUGGUGGCCGGAGACACGUUCCAGGGCACGCCGUACUACUCGCUGUUCCACUGGCAGCCCGUCGUCGACUUCAUCAAUCAGCUCCGUCCGGACGUCAUGACUUUAGGGAAUCACGAGUUUGACGACGGUGUCGAUACUCUUGUGUCUUACUUAGAUGGAAUAAAAACUAUACCAACAGUAGUAUCGAACUUGAACACGAAGGCAGAACCAAACUUGGACAAAUAUCUGUUGCCAUCAAUUGUAUUUACAAUAAAUUCAACUAAAGUGGGAAUCGUUGGAUAUUUAACAACAGACACGCCGUCCAUAUCCAGCACCGGGAAAGUUGAAUUUUUUGACGAAGUCGAGUCUUUGAAGAAGGAAACAAAAAAACUACGAGACGAUGGCGUUAACAUAAUUAUUGGUCUCGGACAUAGUGGCAUUGAAAAAGAUAAAAUAAUUGCCAAGGAAGUGGAAGACAUUGAUAUAAUUGUUGGUGGACAUUCACAUACGUUCCUGUACUCCGGCACUCCACCUAGCAUUGAAAAACCAUAUGGACCAUAUCCACUAUACGUAACAAAUGUUAAAAAUAAGAAAGUGCCAAUAUUACAGGCAUACGCAAAUACCAAAUACGUUGGCAAAGUUGUUUUAAAAUUUAAUUCUAAUGGUGACUUAGUUAGUAUCGAUGGUAAACCAACAUUAUUGAAUCAUGAAGCUAAACAAGAUCCAGAAAUGUUGACUGUGGUCGAUCGAUGGAAACCAAAAGUAACUAAUAUUACAAAUGUUACAAUCGGUCGUACGGCUGUCGAGUUGAUAAACACUUGUCAUCAAAUGGAAUGCAACAUAGGCAACCUGAUAGCUGAUUCUUUCGUUUACUAUAACAUUCUGAAAAAAGAAAAUUACAAUGGGUAUUGGACUGAUGCUCCUAUUGGGAUCGUUCAAGCUGGUGGCAUUCGGACAACAAUCAACGAAACUGAUCACGAUGGUUACAUCACAUUAGGCCAGUUAAUCAAUGUCAUGCCGUUUCAAAAUAUCCUGAUGAAAGUUACUAUUUCUGGUAGCAGCCUAUUAGAAGCAUUUGAACAAAGCGUUUACGACUUUGUAGAGGAUUAUGGUGGAUCUAAACUUUUACAAGUAUCCGGCGUUCUGGUCGAGUAUGAUUUAACAAAGAGUCCCGGUAACCGAGUCUCUUCACUAUCACUCCGAUGUGGUGAUUGUAACGUUCCUAAAUUUGAACCUCUACAAUUAAAUGCUAACUACACAAUAGUGAUGAACAAUUAUUUGGCUGAAGGUGGAGAUAAUUUUAAAAUAUUUCAAAAAACAUUAAAGAAAAAUCAAGCAUUAGAUAUUCAAGAUUUCAAUGCAACAGCUAUGUAUAUGAAAUCGAUAAGUCCUAUAACAAAUGGAAUAGAGGGCAGAAUCAGCUUUAUAUCCAAAGGCAAUGAAAAGUCAUCUGGAUCUAACAUAAAUUUACAGAAUUAUCAAUUUAUAUUAAUUUCAUUAAUUAUUACAGUAUUGUUUUUUAACAUUUAAGACUUUAAUAUAAAACUAUACAAAAAUAAUGAUUAAUUUAGUAAAUUAUAAUUUUAUCUUACAGAUAAUAUUAUCUUGAAAACAUUAUAUAAUUUUGGUAAGCACUGGUCAUUAAAACCAAUAUUUAUAACGUA